AUGUCUUUUCUAAAUAGUCUGCUAGACAAUGAUGUUAAUUGUAUUAGUCAGCUUAGGAUGGAUAGGAGAACAUUUGAUACUUUAUGUCAGUUAUUAGACCAUGAUGGAUAUGUUAAAAGUGAUGGCAUUGUUACAUUGCAAGAGCAAGUGUGUAUAUUUCUGCACAUAAUUGCUCACCAUACCAAGAACCGUACAAUUAUCACUAGAUUUUUUAGAUCGGGAGAGACAAUAAGUCGAUAUUUCAAUUCUGUGUUGCAUGGAGUACUGCGCUUACAUAAGAUUCUGUUGAGCCCUCCAAAACCUAUAUCAGAUAAUUGUUUGGAUGAUAGAUGGAAAGUAUUUAAGAAUUGUUUGGGAGCUUUAGAUGGAACUUACAUUAAGGUGAAUGUACCAGAAAUCGAUAAGCCAAGAUAUCGUACAAGAAAGGAUUCAAGAGUACUCCGUGAUGCAUUAAGUAGGCCAAAUGGGUUAAGAGUACCAACCGAAAUGGAAGUUGGAGGUAGCAGUCACGAUAUCCGAGGGAUUGAAUCUAGACGUACAUGGAGCAAAGGGGAGGAAGAUGCUUUGCUGCUUAUUUUAUAUGAGGUUGUAGCUAGUGGGCAGCGGUGUGACACCGGAUCAUUCAAGCCUGGCACAAUUACUAUGAUUGAGAGGCGAGUGGCUGAGAUAUGUCCUAAUUCGGGCUUGCGAGCAAAUCCACACAUUGAGUCAAAGCUGAAAAAGUGGAAGAAACAAUACGGUAUAAUAUAUGAUAUGCUAAACAAAAGUGGCUUCGGAUGGAAUGACUCUCUUAAAUGUGUGGACGUUGAUAGUGACGAAGUUUGGAAAGCAUAUGUGCAGGUUUUGAAACUUUGGACAUCAGUUUUCAUUGAAUUUUUUCACUUGAUAUAUGAAGUUAUGUUUUUCUAUUCGUGGCAAAGGAAAAAUGAAAGACGUGUUAGGAAUAGAAUAACUAGGACUACCGAAUUGCGUACGUCUUUUAUAGAUAGUUUGUUGGACAAUGAUGUCACUUGUAUUAGUCAAUUGAGGAUGGAUAGGAGAACAUUUGUUAUUUUAUGUCGGUUAUUACGCCAAGAUGGAUAUGUGAAAAGAGAUGAUACUGUUACAUUGGAAGAGCAAAAUUGUUUGGGAGCAUUAGAUGGAACUUAUAUUAAGGUGAAAGUACCUAAAAUCGAUAAGCCAAGAUAUCGAACAAGAAAGGGUGAGAUCGCAACAAAUGUCUUAGGUGUAUGUAACCCGAAUAUGGAAUUUAUAUUUGUAUUACCGGGUUGGGAAGGCUCCGCUUCAGAUUCCAGAGUACUUAGAGAUGCAAUAAGUAGGCCAAAUGGACUAAAAGUACCAACCGCAAUGGAAGCUGGAGGUAGCAGUAACGAUAAUAGGUGGGGUGAAUCUAGGCGUACAUGGAGUAGAGGUGAGGAAGAAGCUUUGCUGGUUCUUUUAGAUGAAGCUGUAGCUAGUGGGCAACGUUGUGAUACGGGAGCAUUUAAACCUGGUACACUUAAUAUGAUUGAGCGGCAACUGGCUGAAAUGUGUCCUAACUCGGGAUUGCGAGCAACUCCACAUAUUGAAUCGAAGCUAAAAAAGUGGAAGGAGCAAUAUGGCAUCAUAUACGACAUGCUGAACAAAAGUGGAUUUGGAUGGAAUGACACUCUUAAAUGUGUGGAGAUUGACAGUGACGAUGCUUGGAAAACAUAUGUGCAGAGUAAUCCAAGUGCAAAAAGUUGGAGAGAUAAACCUUUCCCGAUAUAUGAGAGGCUUGCUAAUAUUUUUGGGAAGGAUCGGGCAACAGGACAUGGAGCACAAACUCCAAUUGAUUUAGUUAAUGAUAUAAAUAUGGAGCCUGACAAUGACCAAAUUGAUGAUGUGGGUUCUCCAAUGUCUAUGAAUCAAACACAUAGUCAACUGCCCACACAAUCCCAAUUAAGAGUUAGACAAGUUGGAGAAGUCUGAUAUCAACUAUCCACAAUACUUAGCUAUGGAGCUUGACAGGUUAGGAUUCCCUAUUACUGACAAUCUCAAAAUCUCUAAGGCAAUGAGAUCGGAUCCAUCGAACGUUGAGGUUUUCAAGAUUAUUAAAACCGAUGCGCAGAAGAUUGAAUUUGCUCGUGGAUUUUUGGAUAACUAAAUUAGUAUUGUUGUGGAUUAUAUAUUUAUGGAUAUGUAUGAGAGGAUGACAACUAUGAACAUUUGGAAUUGAAACUUAUGGACAUAUA